AUGUUGAUGGUGGGAACAUGGAAGCGCAGCCGAUGGAAGCCGAACGUUAAACAGUUGUCGACCCUUUAUCAACCUGCGAAAACUCUAGUCUCCGACAUAGUUUCCACCAACGUCUGCAUAUCUCGGUACAGCAAAUGCGGGCGGCUAGAUGUUGCUCGGAAGGUGUUCGACGAAAUGCCCAUCCGAACCGUCGUCUCAUGGAACGCCAUGGUUUCGGGGUAUUCAAAGUGGGGAAGAUUCAGUGAGGCUCUAUCUUUGGUUUCAAUUAUGCAUCAUGGCAAUGUGAGACUCAAUGAAACGACCUUUUUGACAACUCUUAGCGUCUGCGCGCGUUCAGGGUCUUUGAGUGAGGGAAGAGAGUUGCAUUGCUCGGUGCUGAAAACUGGGACGGAGUGUUUUGAGCUAGUGGGGAGUUCUCUGUUGCAUUUCUACUCUAAUUGCCUUAAAAUUGAGGACGCUAAGCGGGUUUUUGAUGAGCUGCGUGGUGGAAAUGAGUUGUUGUGGAGCUUAAUGCUCGUGGGAUACGUGCAAUGUAAUUUGAUGGGUGAUGCUAUGGAAUUGUUUCUAGAAAUGCCGAAAUGGGAUGUUGUGGCAUGGACUACGUUGAUUUCCGGGUACGCUAAGAACGAGGAUGGGUGUGAGAGAGCCUUGGAGUUGUUUCAAUGGAUGAGGGGGAGUGGUGAGGUGGUUCCUAAUGAGUUUACGUUGGAUUGUGUCAUAAGGGCUUAUGGGAGAUUGGGAGUGCUGUGUGCAGGGAAGGCUGUGCAUGGACUUUUGAUUAAGUAUGGUUUUGAAUCUGAAGAAUCCAUUGGUGGUGCUUUGAUAGAAUUUUAUUGUGAUAGUCAGGCUGUUCAUUGUGCCAAGAGAGUUUAUGAUCGACUAGAAAACCCAUGUUUAAAUGCUUCAAAUUCGCUUAUCGGGGGGCUUGUAUUGAUGGAUAGGAUUGAAGAUGCAGAAAUAAUUUUUAGUAGACUAAAAGAAAAGGAUCCAGUUUCAUAUAAUUUGAUGAUCAAAGGUUAUGCGAUGAGUGGUCAAGUUGAUCAGUCGAAGAGGUUGUUUGAGAAUAUGAAGCAUAGAACUAUAAUCUCUUCAAAUACCAUGAUUUCUGUGUAUUCUAGGAUUGGGGACAUUGAUAAGGCUUUUAAACUUUUUGAAGAAACGAAAAGAGAAAGGGAUCCUGUAACAUGGAAUGCCAUGAUCUCGGGUCGCAUUCAAAAUAAUCAGCAUGAGGAGGCUUUGGAACUAUAUGUGACAAUGCACAGAUUGUCAAUUGACCGUACAAGAUCAACAUUCUCUGCUCUGUUUCAUGCCUGUUCAUGCCUUGGAUCUCUUCAAUUGGGACAAGUAAUUCAUGCCCAGUUGAUUAAGACACCAUUCGAAUCGAAUGUGUAUGUUGGAACAUCCCUAAUAGAUAUGUACUCAAAAUGUGGAAGCAUCACUGAUGCUGAAACAUCAUUUAUCUGCAUUCGUUCACCAAAUGUGGUGGCUUUGACAGCUCUCAUUAACGGGUAUGCGCAGUAUGGGCUUGGCUCUGAGGCAAUGUUGCUGUUUGGGCAAAUGUUAAAGCAAGGAGUCAUCCCUAAUGCUGCUACUUUUGUGGGGAUUCUGUCUGCCUGCAGUCGUGCUGGUCUGGUCUACGAAGGGAUGAGAAUUUUCCACAUGAUGCAAGGAAGUUAUGGAGUAAACCCAACGCUUGAACACUAUGCAUGCAUAGUGGAUCUUCUUGGUAGGUCUGGUCGUCUACGAGAAGCUAUGGAGUUUAUCGAUGAGAUGCCAAUGGAACCAGAUGGGGUUAUCUGGGGAGCUCUGCUAAAUGCUUGUUGGUUCUGGAUGGACAUGGAACUGGGUGAGAAGGUGGCUGAGAAAAUGUUUAGCUUGGAUCCCAAGCCAAUAUCCGCUUAUAUAAUUUUGUCUAACAUAUGUGCAGUACUGGGAAAGUGGGGGGCAAAGAUGAAUGCAAGGAAGAGAUUGAGAAGCUUGGAAGUGAAAAAGGAUCCUGGAUGUAGUUGGAUUGAGUUGAACAGGAAAGUUCAUGUGUUCUCUGUAGAAGACAAUACCCAUCCUCAUUGUAAUCUGAUUUAUGAAACGUUGGAGUUUCUGACAGCAAAUAUAAACUCUAUUGUUCAGUUCGAUUGUCUUUAUGAAACAUACUCUCAUUGA